AUGAAGUACGAUUUUACUGAAUUAGCAGUUGAUGUGGAACAAUACAUUCCAAUUUCAUCUUUUAACGAAUUUAAAGACUGCAAAUCACCAAAUUUACACGUUAAAACUCCAACCAAAAUGUACAAAAAAAAAUGUCCAAGAACACCUAUCGAAUCUCCUCAUCUUCCAGCUACAUUAAAUGCAUCACCGUCUUCGCCAAUUUUAACUUAUGAAUGUUCUCCGUCAACAAGUUCUAUGAUCAAAUCAUUUAUAGAUAUGCCUUCACCAAUUAGUACUCAAGAACGUCGAAUAAACAAGGCAAAAACAGUUCUUUUUCCUAUCGAACAAAGCCCAAAAAAGUCAAAAAAACAUCUUGAAGACUUAAUUCGAAAAAAAAAUACAAGUUUCUCGUAA